UUGAGGACAACAAUUCAUUUUAGAUAUUUCUUUGUUUUGGUUGUACCUAAGGAUGUUCACCAGCCAGGAUGGAAUCCUAGUACAUGGAUAGUACCAGAAGAAGUUAUUAAGCAUGAAGGGAGUAUCAGUGAUGAGAAUGGAGAGGACGAUUCUACGAAAAAGACAUCUCAGUUGAAAGUCCCGCAAAGAAAACUCACAUUUGUCGAAAGAUUGAAGUAUAUAGUGCCCUUACUGCAUCUCAUGAUUCCACUAUCAUUCGUCUACAUCGGAGAAUAUCUUAUAAAUCAAGGAGUGACGCAAUUAGUUAUUUUCAACUGUCACGAAGGAUUCAAUCUUACGUUAAGUGCUCAAUACCGAUGGUAUCAGGUGCUUUACCAACUUGGAGUCUUUAUUUCACGAUCAUCAGUGAAAGUUUUCGCUUUGCCAACGUGGUCGCUCUAUUUGUUGCCAGUGCUUCAGGCAACCAACUUCUUUUUCUUCUUUUUCGAAGCGAUCUAUUGGUUUGUGCCUAGUAUAGGCAUAAUCUUUGGUCUCAUUGUGUUUGAGGGUUUGCUAGGAGGUGCAGCUUACGUGAACACUUUCGAUAAAAUCCAUAAAAUGGUUUCACCCGAUGUACGAGAGUACUCACUAUCCGUAGCCACUGUCGGAGAUUCAAUGGGAAUCAAUUUUGCUGGAUUUAUGUCAAUUCCACUACAUAACUAUAUAUGCGGUAGACCAAUGCCUGCUGUUCGUUGA